AAGUGUGUGCUCCCCGCUUUAUAUCUGGCAACAUCGAGGAGAGAAGUAAGAAGUAAGGUUAUAUGUUCCUUACAAAUUCUAACCUCUAUCAAGUAACCGGCACAUAGCGAACCAACAGAUAAAAGAUAAAAGAAAAGUGUCAAAAAAUUGGAGCCCCCAGUUGGAGGCACGGCGAUAGGAACGUAUGUACAUACAUACGUAAGAAAACCGGUGACACAUAGCACUGAUAGCACCCUGGACACGUGUUGUAUCUACGUGUUGAUCAUCUACAAUGUUGUCCGUAAAUAAUAUUAAAUUGAUUACUUUCGCAAAGCAUUCUGCGUGGAAAAUGUACGGAGGUAAUACGUAUCGUCAUUUGAGAGCCUGUCGCGAUAGGUGCAAGCUGGUGAAGCUGGUUCAGACUUUCAAUUAUUCAACCAAGUGCGACAGGAAGAAGGAUUUUGUUAAACCGUCCCUCGAUCCCAGAGUCGAGGCACUGCGAGACAAAUUAAUAUACUGCGACUAUUUGGAUUGUCGGAAAGUGAAAAUUAAUUACAUGAAGCGCUUCUUGUCAAAAAAGAGGAUCGAGUACGCUGAGAAAAAAGCACAAAGCGACAGGCUGACAAACGUACCCAUCUACAGCGUACUCCUGGACACGAGAAAUGACGAAAGCCACGAAAGCCACUUUCGUCAGGAGCAGGAAGAUAUAAAUACAGAAGAGGAUAUAGCGAAACCUGUACAUAUGCCGUAUGCGAGCACAGAUCCGUACAGUAAUGUGCUGACGGACACAUCUUUGAGCGAGUCAAAUAAAGGUAAUCUUGAUGAAAAGACGAUAUCGUUGAACGACAAGUAUAAAGAUCUAUAUGAAAGAUAUUUAGCGGAAAAGGAUGGAGUUUUAGGAAAAGAAGAGCUCACUUUGCUCGAUUAUUUAGAAGAAACAGAUAGAGAUGCGUCAUACAAGAGAGAUCUUCCGUCGAGUGUUCCGUCCAAUUGGAUGGUAGACGUCGAGCAAUACGAUGAUGCUUCGUAUCAGGACAGUACCUGGCUCAACAAUUACGGAACUCCGGAUCCAAACUCCAGUCUCAGUACCGUUCCAUGCGGUGGAUGUGGCGCCUUGCUGCACUGUAAGGAUCAAGCUCUACCGGGUUACUUGCCCUCGGAAUUGUUUCGGAAGAGGAGCAAGAAGGAAUUGCGAGUUAUGAUCUGUCAAAGAUGCCACUUUAUGCAGUAUUACAACACCACGUUGGAGGUGAAGGUAUCUGCGGACGAAUACCCGGCACUUUUAAAAGUUAUAAGAAAGAAGAUAUGCGCCGUCAUUCUGAUGGUCGACCUUACUGAUUUUCCAUGUAGCAUAUGGCCCGAAAUAAAUAGCGUGCUGAAUCCUUUGACCCCGGUGUUCGUCGUGGGGAAUAAAAUAGAUUUGCUGCCCCCGGAUUCGAAACAUUUCUUUACUCACGUUAAAGAUUGCCUCUCAAAGACAGUAAUAGACAGUACAGGAAUCAAGAAGGAAAAUAUCAGACACGUAGCACUCACAUCUGCAAAAACUGGCUACGGCAUAGAAGAACUUAUAAAUAAAUUGCAUAAUAUCUGGAAAUACAAAGGAGAUGUUUAUGUAAUUGGUUGCACAAACGUCGGAAAGUCUUCUCUGUUCAACGCUCUUCUACAGUCUGAUUACUGCAAGGUACAGGCUGUGGAUCUUAUACAACGUGCAACCAUUUCUCCUUGGCCGGGCACAACGUUAAACUUGCUGAAAUUUCCUAUUUUAAAUCCUCUCAAGUGGCGACUUUACUUGAGGACGUUGCGAUUACAAAAGGAACAGCGGUACAAGUGUGCUGAAGAGAAAUUCCGAAUUAAUCAGUUCAAAGCGACGCGUAACUUGGAAUAUGCCACAUUGCAAAGUCACAUUGGUAGGACAUUUCAAUCAAAGUCCGGGCCUGAAGUAGGAAAAGACGAUCCGUUCGUGGAAGGGAGAUAUAAGAAGCAUACGCAACAAUUCGGUUUUGAUGAGACUAAGGAGGAGUACAAAUACAGUCGCUGGUGUUACGAUACUCCCGGUACCAUUCAACCGGAUCAGGUGUUAGAUUUGCUGACGAUGCAGGAACUUUUGUCGGUUUUACCGAAGAAGAUAAUUUCGCCUAGAACUUUCAUUCUACAUGUAAAUCAAACGAUAUUUUUGGGCGGAAUAGGCCGAUUGGAUUAUGUAGAGGGCGAUAGUUUUAUUAGGUGUACAAUAUUUUCGAGUAGCGAAUUGCCGGUAACUUUAACUCGUACUGAGGAUGCGGACAGUAUAUACAACGAGUUACUCAAAACGGAAGUGUUUGUCGUACCUGAAAACAGUCCGGACCGAUUGAAACAUUGGCCGGCUUUAGGAUCUAAGGAAAUGGAAGUUACUGGUAUCGGAAAUAACGAAUCGAUCGCCGACGUUAUUUUAUCCAGUGCGGGAUGGAUCGCGAUCGCUGCUGAAGAAGCCGAGCGUGUCUUAUUGAGAGCUUGGAGUCCACAAGGUCGCGGCUUACAUCUAAGAACUCCGGCGCUUUUGAGAAAAUCUGUCGCUCUACGUGGCAAUCGAAUUUCAGAUGCGCCGACAUACAAAAGCGGACGCCAAGCGUACAGAAAAUAAAUAUCUUUUUAUACGCAGUUAUACGCAGUUACUGUACGCAUAUAUUGUACAUAAUACAUCCAAACCCACUCUUGCACUACACAUAGAUAUACAUUUGCAUGACAACAAUUGAACAACAAGUUCUAGUAAUAUUUGUAGAUAUAACUUACACAUCUCAAUUAAUACUUUAUAUAGUUAAUCACAAUUAAAAUCUUCCGGUUCUUUCACUAAAUAAAAUUGCUUUGUUCGAUAUAUUUAA